AUGAUCCUUGUUGGAGAUUCCCCAAACGAGUUACCACUCAAAGCAGAAAACAAGACUCGCUUUGUCUGUGUGUCUGAUACACAUGGCAAAACAGCAUUCAAUUUCCCAAUACCCGACGGCGACGUCUUUAUUCAUUCCGGUGACGUUACAAAGUACAGCCAUGAAGACGAAUGGUCAAAGAGCAUAGCUUGGAUUGAAUCUCUACCGCAUGCAGUCAAAAUUGUCACUGGUGGGAAUCACGACUUUGACCUAGACGAUCGCUUUGGGAAUGUGGCGAACAAGCAGGAGAUAUUGGCAAGCAUGGAACAAGCAGGGAUCACGUAUCUUGAGCAUGAGUCAUAUCAAUUGCCUGAAGCCUUGGGUGGUUUCAAGAUGUUUGUCAGCCCAUAUGCUCCAAUGCAUUUAGGUGGCGCAUUCAUGCCUCGAGACACUGCACCGUAUUGGGAGAAGAUACCUCAAGACACACAAAUCCUGGUGACCCACACCCCUCCCUAUGGAUAUCACGAUCGAACAUCUCGAGGAAUGCAUGUCGGCUGCAAAGCACUACUACGCAAGAUCAAAGCAAUACGACCACGCGUUUGUAUCUUUGGACAUAUUCACGAGGCGCAUGGAUGGAGUCAAGAACAUGGGACGUUGAUGAUCAACGCUUGUAUAUGUGAUAGACGCUAUCGAGCCAGCCAACGACCUAUCAUCUUUGACUUGUAG